CAGCCCUAGUGUAUGUGUGCAUUACGCAUUUCAUUUGCGAAUUUGAGCGUCGAAUUUGAACCAAUAUUCUGGACUGUAACCGGUCGCCAGAGUUCCACGGUUGCCGCCAACGCCGAGCUUAGGAAAAUAGCUAUUUGGGCCAUGUACGCCACGAACAAUGGAGGCACGAACAAGGCGCCAAACAGCAAUGCCACCUCCAUGUUCGACAACACCAUCACAGUGACCCCCAUUAAAGUGGAACUUGGGCAGGCGUAUGGUAAAUCCCAGAAUCCUGCAGCAGCGGUGGCGAUGCAGCGAAGAACUCCCAAUGCUGUGGUGGUCACCACGACCUCUUCCUCCCAACAACAACAACAGCAGCAGGCGGCCCAGCAACAACAGCAGCAGCAGCAGCCUGUUUCCAUGGGCAGUCUCGUCUCCAAUGCCUGCACCUUGGUAAAUCCCAGCAUGAGUGUGACGGUAGCUACCACUGGAAACGCCACCGCCAAGGAAAAGACCACCAAGGCGACCAGAGCGCAGGUGGCCCGCAAGCCACCGCCUACCAUAGACAACUUCUGGCCGAAUAUUGUGAGCGAGGUGCGUGGAAUUGGCCAGGUGGACGCCAAGCACCAGGUGCUACCGUUGGCGCGCAUAAAGAAAAUCAUGAAGCUGGACGAAAACGCCAAGAUGAUUGCCGGCGAGGCGCCGCUUCUGUUCGCGAAGGCCUGCGAGUACUUCAUCCAGGAGCUGACCAUGCACGCCUGGGUGCACACCGAGGAGAACCGUCGGCGCACGCUCCAGCGCUCGGACAUUGCCCAGGCCAUUGCCAACUACGACCAGUUUGACUUCCUCAUCGACAUUGUGCCGCGCGAGGAGAUCAAGCCGUCGCUGGUGCAAAAGGUCAAGGAUGCCAUGAAUUCCAAUACGAGCGGAAUGUCUGGAUCUUCCAGCAGUACCGCCUCCUCGUCCAACGCAGCCACCUCGAAUGCGGCCGCCUCGGUGGCUGGCAGUGCUUCCGCCACGGGCAGUUUUGUAGCCAGUGGCUCCACCGUACCUGCGGCCACCGCUGGCGGCCUUAAGCUGGAAACCACGGGCACAGCGACCGCCGCUGAGGUUCUUGGCUUCAGCACCGUCAAUCCAGACAUCUUCUCAGCACAACUGCAGCAGCAGCAGCAGCAACAACAGCAGCAGCAACAGCAUGCGGCGCAACAGCAACAACAGCAGCAGCAGGCGCAUCACCAGGCACAUCCGCAGCAGUUGCAGAUCAUUCAGCAGGGCGCUGGUGGGCAGCAGUUGCAGUACUUCAUCGCGCUUCCCGGCCAGCAGGCGGCGCAGCUCGUGCAGCAGGUGCAACAGCAGCCGCAGCCCGCCCAGAACCAUCUGCCCAGCGGUCUGGGCAUCAACAUAGUGUCGGCCCAGCAACCCACCCAGCAGUUAAUCCUGACCGCCGGUCCCAAUGGACAGCUGACCGCUACGCCAGCGCCACAAACCGCCGCCCAACAGCAGACGGCCCUGCUCCAGAAUCUCGCCCAGCAACAACAGCACCAGCAACAGCAGCAGCAGAUUCAGCUGCUUCAGCAAGUGGUCACGCCAACUGGGGAAGUGACUAAUGUGCCGAUCGCCAUCAAUGCCAAUCAUUUGCAUCUACUCCAGCGCCUGCAAAUGCAGCAGCAGCAGCAACAACAGCAGCAGCAACAGCAGCAGCAGCAACAGCAGGUUAUCAUUCCAACGCAACUGCUGACGGCGCAGCAGCUCCUUCAACUGGGCGGAGCACCCACGGUGGCCCAUCAGCAGCAGCAGGUGCAAGUGCAGCAACAACAGCAGCAGCCUGUCCAGGUGCAGGUCCAGCAGCAGCACGCCAAUCUCAGCCAGAGCAACGCCAGCGCAGUGGCUGGCGGCACGCCGAUCUUCAUCAACUCGACCAACUUGUCCAGCGCCCAGGCGGCCACGCAGCAGCAGGCGGUGCAGCAACAGCACCAGCAGCAACAGCAGCAGGCGCAAACGAUCACCACCUUGUCCGCGGAUCGCACGCUAACCGGCGGAUUUCGGUAAAAGUUAGGCAAUAGAUGGCAAUCCGAGCGAACGAACGGACGGACGGACGGACGGAAAGUUGGCAAUCAUAUCGAAGCAUCGGGAGGCAUUGGAAUCGGGCAUUGGCAACGGGCAUUGAUUGCGCCAUCUCCCAUCAUCCAGCACAAUGUAUAAUAUUAUAGUUUACGUAGUUGUAUACGAUUGUAUAUCGGAGGAGCAGGAGAUUAUAUAUAGCUAGUGUCUUAAGACGUAGGCAUCUGUGUAGAAACGAUUUCUCAAUUGUAAUUUAUUGCUGUCCCUCCCGCCCCUGGCUGCAGGUUUCACCUCCUCCAAAACAGAAAAAAAACACCGCCACCUCCACCAUUUUAAAAGUAGCACAUAGAGAGAAUAAUGGGAACCUAGUGUACGACGAGGAUGCCACCGGUCCAGAACGUAACCCAGCGAUUCGCGUGGCAUCCGACAUUUAUUAUGUAUUUGUAUUUCUAACUAAGCUAAGCUCUGAUAAACAAUUAUAAGCCACGAAGGACUAUGUGCCAGAAACUCGA